AUGAACAUGUUCUACAAAUCUCCAGCUUUAAGUACUGAGGCGCGAAGUGGCAAUGCUGAAUACUCCGACGUCACCGAUGAGCGUGCUGACAAUUAUUUGGCUGCAGAGUACAGCUCCCAUAGGCCCAACGCCACGAGGUGCCUCCUCACCUGGCCUGUGGGGGCAGCAUAUCGAGGCACUGGCAUUGUGCGACUGCUGAACGACGAGGACACUGCUCGUUUGCGCCUGCAUGCUACGACUCACGACCGGAGCGACGUCGUCGGCAACGAAAUCUUUGGCGUCUGGGCGCAUCGGAAAGAAUGGACGCUCCAUAUGCUUGACCGUCAGCAACGCAGCAUGAUGGAAGAAAUUGCCUCCAAGCGCCCUACAGUUAGUAUACUGUGUCAGAAAGCUUGGAUCUAG